UCAGGAAGUCGGAAGUUGUGCCCUGUGCUGCUCUGUGGGAUCCAUUGUGGGUAGAGCACUCGGCAUCCGCGCCAUGGUGAGCAAGGGGCUUCUGUGCCCAGACGGGAAGGAGUGGCCGACCAUGGAUGCGGUGACCUAUGAUGAUGUGCAUGUGGACUUCACUUUGGAGGAGUGGGCUAUGCUGAAUCCUUCACAGAAGAAUCUCUACAAUGAUGUGAUGCUGGAGACCUAUAGGAACCUUACCGAUAUAGGCUACAGUUGGGAAGACUAUAAUAUAGAAGAACAUUGUCAACGUUCUGGAAGACAUGGAAGAUACAGAAAAGGCCGUACUAGAGAGAAUUCCUCUGAAUAUUCUCAAUGUUCUAAAGUUUUUUCACAUCACAGUCAUCUUCAGAGGCAUGUAAGAAUUCAUCCUGGAGACAAACCCUAUGAAAGUAUUCAAUAUGGUGGAGCCUUUACACACAACAGCAUUCUCCAAGUACAUAAAGGAACACAUGUUGGAGAGAAAACCUUUGAAUGUAAACAAUGUGGUAAAGCCUUUACAUGUGCCAGUAGUCUCAGAAGACAUGAAAGAACACAUACUGGAGAGAAACCCUAUGAAUGUAAUCAAUGUGCUAAAGCCUUUUCACAACACAGUACUCUCCAAAUACAUAAAAGAACACAUUCUGGAGAGAAACCCUACAAAUGUAAUCAGUGUGAUAAAGCCUUUACUCUUCACAGUCGUCUCCAAAUACAUAAAAGAACACAUUCUGGAGAGAAACCUUAUGAAUGUAAUCAAUGUGGUAAAGCCUUUGCAUGUGCUGGUAAUCUCCAAAGACAUAAAGGAACUCAUGCUGAAGAAAAGCCCUACAAAUGUAAUCUGUGUGAUAAAGCCUUUUCACGACAAAGUCAUCUCCAAGAACAUAAAAGAACACAUACUGGAGAGAAACCCUACAAAUGUAAUCAAUGUGCUAAAGCCUUUUCACAACACAGUCAUCUCCGAAUACAUAAAAGAACACAUACUGGAGAGAAACCCUACAAAUGUAAUCAAUGUGAAAAAGCCUUUUCACAACACCAUAGUCUUCAAAUGCAUGGAAGAACACAUACUGGAGAGAAACCCAAUAAAUGUAGCAAUGUGGUAAAGCCUUUGAUUUUCCCAGUAAUCUCCAUAUACAUAAAGGAACACAUACUGGAGAGAAACCCUGUGGAUGUAAGUAAUGUGGUAAAGCCUUUGCAUGCUUCUGGAGUCUUUGAAAUAAUGAGAAAAAAAUCAUUGUGUAGAGAAACCCUAUAAAUGUAUUAAAUGUGGUAAAGUUUUGCACUUCAUGGUAGUCAUUAUACAAGAGUUAAACUUUUAGUGUUAACUGGUCUCUUAAAGUCUUUUCAAGUCGUUCUUGAGGACCUGAAAAAAUUAAUACUGAAGGAAAUCUGGACAUAAAAGUUUUGGUAAGAUCUUUAGUCAACCCACUUACUUUCAUUUACAUGAAAUUAUUCUGGGGAAAAAAUGACAAGCGUCACCAAUCUGUUCAAGCAUUAUGAUGUCCCUCUUUAUUUUGUACCUGCAAACUCACAUAGACAAAAGCCCUAUGAAUUUAAUUUUUCUUCCACAGUUCUCUUCAAUUACAUGAAAUAUGUCAUCCAGGUAUAAAACUUAAUGGGUGUGUUUUAGUGCCUUUGUGUUGUUGUGAUAAAACAUUAUGUCUAAGUCAAUUUAAGAAAGAGUUGGUUCUUGGAUCUAGAGGGAUACCAAAAUACCAUGAAAGUGGCAUGGAAGUUAAAACAGACCGCUGAGAACUCACAUCUUCCACCUACAGCCUGAAGUGGAAAGUGGAAAUGGUGCAUGGAUGUGAAAUUGCUUACUUACCCCCAGGGACAUAUGUUAUUCAGAAGGGCAAGCAUUAUGUAACUGAGAAAGAUUGAUUUGUCUGACAUCAGUCCUACAUGCUUGUUUUCUAUUACAUGAACAAGUAUAUGACAAAUAUAAACAGUAAGUUUGCCUUUAGAUGCUUCAACUCCUGUGUUAUAGGAAUAAAUGUAUUCAAGAAAAAAUUUUUUUCAAUGAAAAUCAGAUUGUUUAGUGACUUAAUUUUACUUGUUGCUGUCAGUGUGUCUUUGUGUGGGUAUGUUCAUGUACAUGCUAGUUCCCAAAAGUUUAAACACUUGGAUCUUCUUUAAAAGGAAUUACAAAAAUUUGUCAAAAACCCGCCCUUCAUCCUGGCAAUGAACUUCUCUUAACUGGUUAGCCAUGCCUCUGGCCCUGUAAAUAUGCUAAAACCUUGAUGUCAGGAAAUAGGAAAUAAUUUAUUCAAAAAAUUCUAUUCAUGUAAACAAUUUAGUAAAGACUUUACACAUAAUAGUUUAAUUCAGUUUCAAGAAAAAUAUUAUUUGAUUUCUUUUUCAUCAUAACCUUGCAGUCAGGAAAUUGGUUACCAUGUUUUAUCAAGAUAGAUGGUGGAGAUUAUUGCAAUGUGGUUUCUAUUUUGCAACCUUUGAGGUAGAUGUGGAAGUUUAUGUGGUAAAUCCAUUUAGAGAAAUUUUUUUGUGGUCCUUAUAUUCUUUAUUGGGUUUCUGUUCAUCUUUUAUUCUUUCACUGUGUAAUAGGCAUUUUUCUGCUGCAAUGCAUAGAAUAGCAUGCCCAGCAUAUAAGUGGUCCAUUGUUUAUUUAAAUAUGAGGCCGUGUGUGAUCAUGCUUUUGAAGAAAGGGUGUCCAAAAUGGUGGGCUUUUUUCUGUUUUUGUUUUUUAUGUUUUCACAAAUUCCCUUGAGGUGUUGUACAUUAUCCAGCCUGGCUCUGAUGUCAGUAAUUAGUAAGGGCUACAUUUGAAUUCAUGAUUGUCAUAUGUCAGUCUCCUUAAUAAAAGUCCAAGGGUAGAUGAUGUAACCCCGAUGCAUUUAUUUACUAACAUGUUUAAAUGAUGUCGAUGUUAAAAUGUUUAAUAGAAGAGAAUAUAAUAAUCAUUAAAUACCUGAUGUGUAUUCCAAGCAGCAUUUUCAUUUGUCUGGUAGAGAUGUACUAAUGUAGGAUAAUCAUCAAUCAACUAUGUAUUUCGUCACAUAUUUUAAUGUGCUAUGGAUAUGUGUGUGUGUGUGUGUGUGUGUAUAAUUUGAGUUUCCAUCUUUCUUCAUGUCCCUGUUAGUUAUCGAUUUUAUACUUUAUCUUGAAGUGCAGCAUUCUAAGGGAAUUAUUCAGAGGUGCCAGAUAAUGCAAUGGCAAUAAGAUUUAUUUUAAAAAAUUCUGGGUGUGUGAGCCGGGCGGUAGUGGCGCACGCCUUUAAUCCCAGCACUCUGGAGGCAGAGGCAGGCGGAUCUCUGUGAGUUCGAGGCCAGCCUGGUCUACAAGAGCUAGUUCCAGGACAGGAACAACAACAAAAAAAAAACUAUGGAGAAACCCUGUCUCGAAAAAUCAAAAAAAAACAAAAAAACAAAACAAAAAAAACAAAUUCUGUGUGUGUGUGAGAGAGAGAGUGUGGGGGGGAUACAUACGUAGAGACAGGAAGACAACUUUGUAGGAUUUCCUUUUUUCCUUCUUCAUAUGGGGAUCAAGAUGAGGUUUCCAGUCUCACAACAUAGCCAUUUCCCACUGAGACAUAUCAUUGAUUCUCAAGAUUAGUCAACACAUUAUAUCACUAAAAUGUUGUCUUCUUUUCAGAUUUUAAACAUAUUUUCACCCAAGGAUAGAGGUAAACAGAACAAUUUGAAUAAUAAAUCUUAUUUGCAAAUGAAAAUAAAAUACUAUUA